CCGCCCCUCUAUCACUCUACGUCCGAAGCAACGCGCUAGAGCGGGAGUGAUCUGCGAGCGAAAUCUUCACCAUGAGUCUCCUCAACAAACCCAAGAGCGAGAUGACCCCAGAGGAGCUGCAGAAGCGGGAGGAGGAGGAAUUCAACACAGGUCCCCUGUCGGUGCUCACACAGUCGGUCAAGAACAACACGCAAGUGCUCAUUAACUGUCGUAAUAACAAGAAGCUCCUGGGCCGGGUGAAGGCCUUUGACAGGCAUUGCAACAUGGUGCUGGAGAACGUGAAAGAGAUGUGGACUGAGGUCCCCAAGAGCGGCAAGGGCAAGAAGAAGUCCAAGCCUGUCAACAAGGACCGCUACAUCUCCAAGAUGUUCCUGCGCGGGGACUCAGUGAUCGUGGUGCUGCGCAACCCACUCAUCGCGGGCAAGUAGAGAGGAGGCCCUCCUCCUGUCUGUGGGAGCCCACUGUCUCACUGCCCUGCCAAGCCCUGCC